CCCUCUCCCCUCCUCCUCCCCUCCCCCGCGGCGGCGCCAUGACGCUCCUCGCCGCCAUCACCAGCCCCGCCGCGGCGGCCGCCGCCAACCACCCCGUCGUCCUCACCCCGGGCGCGCCACCACCUUCCGCGACCACCGCCCUCCCCGCCCCAAUCGACCCCGCCGACUGGGCCCUCGCCCCGGCCGACCCGGCCCUCGCCACCGCCGCCUCCUUCCUCGCCGUCUCCCUCUCCGCCGACGCGCUCACCGCCCCGCGCUUCCGCGCCCUGCUCGGCUCCUUCCUCACCACCCUCUCCCGCUCCCUCGCCCUCCCGGCCCCGCCCGCCAAGCUCCUCCCCGCCGUCCGCGCCGCGGCCCCCUUCCUCCCCGCCACGCUCGCCCCGCUCCUCGCCUCCAGCGCCGCCCGCCUCGCCGAGUACGACGUGCUGCUCGCCCUCGCGGAGACCCGCGCGCUCCCGCACCCGCCGCAGGGCCUCCUCGCGGCCCUCGACGCCGCGGCCCGCCCCGACCUCCUCUGCGCCGUGCUCCGCCAGGCCGCCGACCUCCGGUCCGCCGAGCUCCUCGCCGCGCUCCGCUGCUUCCUCUCCCCGGCCUCCGACCGGGCCUACGACGCCAUGGUCGCCGUCAAGACCCGCUGGAAGGAGGCCGCCUUGGCCGUCGCCAACAUGGCCGUCGACGAGCCCACCACAGGCGCCCAGGUCACGAGGCGUGCCGCGAUCCUGCUCAUGAUGGGCCACGACGGGUUCACCUCCCCGGAGGUGUGCCUGCACUACCUCUUCGCGUCGAGGAACGUCGAGGACUCGCUGGUCCUCGCCGCGGCCGUGUCCGAGCUGGACGGCGGGGAGGUGGCCAGCCUGCUGAGGUACCUCGCCAAGUGGGUGGGGAAGUACUCCAGGUUCCCGGAGGCCCAGCCUUGCCCCGAGGCGGUGGAAAUCCACAAGCUGGAGCAGUGCGACAGCGUGCCGUCGCUUGUGGCAGUGGCCAGGGCGAUGGGCCUGGUGCUGGACCAGCAUUUCUCCCACCUCGUGCUGAACGCGGAGCUGCGGCAGGACUUGUUGGCCGCGGGGGUGAUGGCGAAAGAGCUGGCUGCCGAGGCUGAAGCUUCCGGUCCGAUCCUCGACUUGCUGCGCCGUAUGCCGCAGGCUGUGUGAGAGAUUAAACUGUCUGUUUACUUUUGGUACUACUAGUUCUGAUGAUGCUGGUGUCCUAGAAUUUUUGGUUGCAGUGAUGAGUUAUGUGCUCCAGCAAAUCGUUGCCGUAAUUCUGAAUUGUAGUGGUUCCUUCUGUUGCGUUUUACAUCAUGUGUAUCACUAUCAGUUAAGAAAUGAAUAUGUGAAAACAGUACUUUUCAUA